UUUCCGUCAGUAGCAGAGCUGAACCUCACUUCCCUGUCAGUCCGCCCCGCAGAGCUGUGGCCCAACUUUGUACAGUCCCGGAGCAAAAAUGAGCGACAAAGGUUUGUCAGACGAAGCAGCAGAGGCAGCUUGCAAAGAUGCAGACCCGGUUACUAAGGAUUUCAUGAUGCAGCAGACUAUGCUGCGAGUUAAAGAUCCAGUUAAAUCGUUGGAUUUUUACACCAGAAUCCUUGGCAUGACGCUCCUGCAAAAAUUCGACUUCCCCUCCAUGCGUUUCUCUCUCUUCUUCUUGGGCUAUGAAGACAAAAAGGAGAUUCCUACAGAGCUGAAGGAAAAGACAGCCUGGACUUUUUCAAGAAGAGCCACCAUUGAGCUGACACAUAACUGGGGCUCUGAGGCUGAUGAGAGCCAGUCCUAUCACAAUGGAAACUCAGAUCCACGUGGCUUUGGACACAUAGGAAUUGCCGUUCCUAACGUCUAUGAUGCCUGCACAUUUUUCGAAGGACAAGGAGUCACGUUUGUCAAGAAGCCAGAUGAUGGUAAAAUGAAAGGCCUGGCAUUCAUUCAGGACCCUGAUGGAUACUGGAUUGAGAUCCUGAGUCCUAACAAAAUGGUGUCCAUAACCUCCUAAAAACUCUGUCCUCAUGCUACCUGCUGCAGUGCACACAGACCAGAUCUUCUGCGGCCUCUCUGGGAGAGCAAAGCGUCUGGGUUUAGUGAAGAAUUUAGCAACAUGUGCCUGAGGGAAAAUGGAGCAGGAUGCACAUUGGCAUUCAGUGUGCCCUGGCAGGCUGGACUUAUUAAAUACCUGAGUUAUUGCAACUACUUUGUCCACCAACAUCAGUUUGUAUUUGUCUUCAAGUGAUGCUAAAAUAAAGCUGUAUUACUGUGUAAUAAAAAUGAAAACACA